AGUCUGGAUGUCUACGAAAAUGACGUCACAAACUGCUGACGUGUAUCAAAAGCUACGUGUGGCCACACCCUUGUCCUCCAGGACAGGUCAGCCGGUCAGUAUAGUCUUCAAUGGCAUCAAUGCAAACUCCUGGCUAAGUCCAAUAGGAAUCAGUAGUCGGAAGGAUGACGACAAGGAUCAACGUCAUAUACCACAGCGACCGUUUAGUACAGGUAGCAUAGCCAUCGUGAGGCAUCACCCCAAACCACCAGGUUUGCAGAGGAAUGAGAUCAUUACAGGUCAAAGUCUUUCUGUGAAACAUGACGAAGACGACGCAGAAGUAAAUGAGCAACGUGCGAAAGGUCAACUAUUCAAACGUCCAGUUCCCUUUGAAGUAGAUUACUAUAACAAUGGUUCAAGCAUCUCCAACCAAAGAUUCACCGGAAGGGGGUACAAGGGAGGCGGGUUUUGUGAUGGCUCUAUUAAAAGACACAGAUACUGUAUCAACAAACGACAAACAAAACCAAACUGUAGAGAAGACCAAAUCAGUCUGGAACUUAAUGUAAAGUCAUUAGAAAUGGGUAAAGACAAAACAAGUACGAGAGGAGGUGACAGACAAGAGUCAACAGAAGAAUCUGGAACAAAGAUGCAAAACCAGCUACUGAACGUUAACGCUUAUACAGACCUGAGUAAGUCCUGUGUGAGAAGGGCCAAGUCAGCUCCCCCUGGUGCGAGAGUCUCGGGAGAUAACAAACCACCUCCUCUAUACUGGAGGGCAAAGUCAGCCUAUCAUAGGAAACUGAUGACACCAAACCCAGAACCUGAAUUGGACCCAGGUGAAAGUAGCCAGAUUCUGAGAGGCUCCAUGCUUCGUCCUUUGCUGUACAGUGCCACGAGUGACCUUCAUCACAGUGCCGGUUGUCCUUAUCAAUGUAAAGGGUGCUUCAAGGCUUGUCUUGUAUCUAAGGAUUACAUGGAGAAGUCUCGGAAAGGACAUUUGCCGGUGAGGGCAAGGAAAGAGAGUCAUGUCAGGAAUAGGUCCAUGAUGAAGAAAGAUCCAAGAUAUAUUCUUCAUCAGGCCUUGGCUAGGAAUCAGCCUAUAUACAAGCUGGUUCAUGGUUAUUGUGAUGUACAGGCAGUCAGGGAGGCCUGGCAUGAUGGAGGUACUGUCAGAGAUAAAGAUCAAAUCAGCCUCGUGGGAGUGGAUAAUGCAGAUGGCACACAUCAAGAAUUCAACUCGGAAUAUUCAAACGGAGUAAACAACGUUCAACCAAAGCCCAUGGACGAUGCCACAGAGGUGGAUGCAUCACAUCCAUCACAGCCAUUGUCGACAAUCUCCUCCUUCUUGGAAAAGGCUAAGCCUCCAACUGUGAAUACUCUAUAUUCGAAAAAGAGGGUGAAGUCAGCUGAACUCCAACGUCCCAGCAAAGUGAAGCUACAGGCAAGGCCAACGAGCUGUUCUGGAAUCAAUAUUAAUUCUUUGGAAAGAAAUAGCAUUAAUACACUAUUAUCACAUUGUCGUGACGUAGGUAAGGGAUUGCCUCAUAUACACAACACAGACGAUACAGAGGACCAUAGUGUCCAAGGAGAUUCUGCGUCAUCCUCAGUAAAGUGGGCGCUGAGGAGGGGGGGUGCUGUGGGGGCUCAAAGUCCAUCGCCAAUGGAACAGAAGGACAAAGAAGUUGAUUAUUCUGAUGAUGGUGACUGGAAGCCUGAUGGGGAGUCUAGUACAGCAACUGAACAAUGUUCUGAUGAUAAAUGCAGUACUUUGGGAAGGCGUUCAAGUAUCGACAAUAGCAACCCCUCGGAUUCUUCUGUUUCUGUGAGUGAUGAUGGUGGAGACAGUGACGUGACAAUUACUGGUAAACGGACACAAUCAAAGGUAUCAAAACAAACACGAAAGAUGACUACAUCUGACACCGAGUAUGACAAUGGGAAGAACGAAAGCACUGCAUCUGAUGAUGCUGAGUCUGGUGGCAGUGAUCUGAAUGGAACCAGCGACAACGAAUGCGAGAACAGGGAGACAGGAUCAUCUCUAUCAUCAGAUGGAACAAGCAGUGACACCGUGACAGUCAGUGACAAUGAGAAGUCAGGUAACGAGUCAGAUGACACCAGAACAAACAGUGUAAAAGAUUUGUGUAAAAAUGAUUUAACUGUAAAUAAGACAAAAUCUAAACAAAAGAGUCUUCGACGUGUUAAAAAGAGAUCUGAAAUGUCAAAGGUUUCACAUGCACAAGACAGUGAAAGUGAUGUGCAGAACACGUAUCUGAAUAGUGAUUCCAAUGAAGGCAUCGUAUCCAGAUGUCUUUCAAAGAGCGAUUCAAUGAAGACCAGUGAAAGUGGUGCUGUACAUAGCAGGGUGCAUUCCGAAACUGAGAGCGAGCUUCAGUUUGACACAAAUAAUAGUGAUGUGUUUGAUAAGAGCAGCAGUAGCAGCAGCAGUGAUGAAGAUGGCUCAGGGGAGGAGGAGAAGGAGGAGGAGAGUGAUGAGGAAAACAGUGAUGAAUCUUCGGAGACUAUGACAAGCCAACAUAACAGAAUUAAGCCCCACCAAACGAAAAAGGGUGCAUGUGAAAGGAAAAGUGCUGACGUUAUUAAAGAUGAUGAGGGAGAAGGUGAUGAAGAAUCAGAAGAAGAGGACAGUGCUGAUGGGGAUAGUGAUGAAUCAGGAAAUACCACUAGCAGCCAACGUAGGAAAAUUAAACGCGAUAGAACGAAAGUGAAACAACGUAAAAGUGUGUGUGCUGAAGAUGAUAAGGAAGAUGACGAUAACGACGACGAUGAAGAAGAAAAAAGCGAGGAAGGAAAGAUGUGUGAAAAAAAGGAUACGAUAAGACAAAGAAAACGAGUCCACACACAGAAAGUAAGAAAUCAUUCAAGGAAACCAAACAGUGAUGACGAUGGUGAAGAAGAAGAUGGUGGUAGUGGAUCAAAAGAAACAGAAGACACAAACUCAAAGCAUUACACACGCGGAAAUAAACAGAAGAAUAAGAAAGCUGAUGAGACACCACACCCUGAGGGUGAAAACAGUGAUACAACAACCACCACAGAAGAUGAAGAGGGUGAUGACAAAGAGGAAAACGAUGAAGAACAUGACGAGGAUGACGAUGACGAUGACGACGACGACGACGACGACGACGACGACGACGACGACGAUGAUGACGACGAUGAUGACAACGACGAAAGCGAUGAGGAUGAGGAAGAUGAUGAGGAAGAUGACGAAAUUAAAUAUAACAAAAGCACAAACGUCAGAACGAAAUUAAGAAGAGACAAAAUGGGUGCAGGUUUAAAGAAAAAGAAAGGUACCAAGCUGAAGAAGUCUCAUCAAAAUAAAGAGAAUGAACAGAGAAUUUCUAAAAUUAAGAAAAUGGACAAAGUUGGGAGCAGGUUAAAGGUAGGGUCAAAGCCAAAUCUAACACAUAAUGGCAAAGAUGAAACAAAAGCACCAAAUAAAGAAGACAAUAUUGAGGAGGAAGAGAAAUCCAUCAUCAGUGAGGACGAACAGAACAACCGGCUUAUCAACAAACAGGCCAAAUGUAACAACGGUGUUGAGAAGAAAUCGAAACAAAAAAACAAAUCAAAGCAAACGGUUAAGAAAAAGAAAAAGACAAACGUUAAGAUAGAUCCAGAUAGUGAUACGGAUAAUGGGGCAACAGAAGAUGAAAACAGUGAAAAUGAUGAGGAUUCAGAAGAUGAAAGUUCAAAUGAAGAAGGAGGGAGUUCUAAUGCUGAGGAAGUUGGUAGUCAUUCAGAAGAUGACAAGAGUUCAUCGAAAUAUCAAUCCGAACAGGAAGAUUCAAGACAAGAAACUGUAGGCAGUGAUUCAGAAGAUGACUUAAAGGCUCAAGACAAAGGUUUUGCAUCUGAAGAUGACAAAAAAUCAGUGAGUAAUGACGAUGAUGAUGAGUCGAGUGAAGAAAGUGAUUCGGAGGAAGAAGAAGAGGAAGAAUCUGAGGACGAGAGUGAGGAGGACUCAGAUGAUGACUGAUCAAGUCACACGAGGGUUGCCAUGUGAACACCUACAAUAUUAUGUAUCAUUAUGUUCCUUAGUUUUGUGUUGUAUACUUCCCAUGGAGCAGAGCAUGCCUACUGAUCUGAUGAAAGACUCUCAAUGUGACAUAUGCUCUGAAGACGCUACUGUGUGAAAUAUCGUGUGACAUCAGUGCGCAAUUAUUUUACAAUAAUAUUUCUUCAGCAUUCUUUUCCAACGGAAGAAGCAAGGAAUUAUAUUGAAAGGAAUGUUCGUAUCGACAGGUGGUAUACAGAUCUCAGAUUCACGCCAUCACAGUUCUAUUUGAGUCAGUGUCGUUUUGGUGUCACGCCCGCCUACUAUGUGUAUUCAUCUACCCACAGGAAUACUGGGGCGACAUCAGGCUUGUGAGGUGGGGUAUUUUACAUUCAUACUUGAGCCUGCGGAAGGCGCCGCUCAUAGCCUGCAUAACGCAGUGCCAGACAAAUAGGAAUGUAGAAAAUAUAAACUAGAAAGACCAUAUUUGGUCAACAGAACAUCGUACAAUUAUGACAACAGACCUGAACAUUUUCCUGUGGAAACGAGGAGCCUGUCUUGUUUCCAACCUGAACAUCAUUCCAGGCAAGUGUGAGUUCAAUACAGUCACAAUAUACUGUGAUUGGAUAAAGUGAAAUUAAUCGUAAAUGUUAAGGAAUUUUCUUAGUUUUUUUAAAGUUUAAGUGUUCAAAUAUAGUAUAUUAUCAUAGUAUAGUAUAUAACAUGAUACCCAUCAAUAGCGUAUAUUUGUUUCUGAUCAUCUGAUUUGUUCCAACCCGACUGAACAGUAUGUAUGCGGAGUGCGGCGUUAAACAACAAACAAACAAAAAAUGAUGGAUUGUGUGUAGAGAAUCCUCAUUAGUCUGGAAUGUGUUAUUCCAUAAACCCCUUGAAUCCGGACUCACACCAAUUUCUUUAUCACAUGAUAAGGUCGACUUCUUUAGAUUCUUUUUUUAUUAAAACCAAAUAUUCAGAUUGAUGAUAUUUGAUAUCACUUGUAUCAUGGAUAAGGAAAAUUGUUUUGUCGUAGCAAGUUGGUUCUCUAACAAGAUGUGUCUAUUUAUAAUUAAAUCUGUGUACCUUUCUUGAAAAUAGCACGUGAAUGUCUCAUGUACUUUAGGCUGUGCAGGGAAGCAGCGUCAGUAGUGAUUAAUGAAGCAUGAUAAAACUAUUAUUAAAGUAUAUUUUGGUCUGUAAAUUAUGCACCAAAUCAGCAGACAAAUUAAUAGGUUUUGAUUUCAACACUGAUUCUAUGACAUUAGGGAAAUCAAUUAUUGAUGUAGUUUGCUGAUACAAUUGUAUGAAUAUUACAUAUCGAUGCGAACACGCGAUUUAUGAGCUUGAACAUUAAGCAAGCCGACAGAAUCCGAAACAAAUUCUGUUUACUGACAACAGGAAUUCAAUAUAUGGACUUCUCUGUGUUAAAGAAUCAACGCGACUUAGCUGUUAACAGGGAUAUUGAUCUCUGAUCGAUCAGAAGCCUUCUGUGCGGUUGCUGUGAGAUUUAAUCGCCAACCAAGGCUGAAGCAGUAAUUGGAUCAACUGAGUGGGUAACUGUUAUGCCAUUUCCAAGCUUUGUUUUCGUAACAUGUCUUAAUUCUUUCAGUGUUUUUUAUGUCGCAAUUUAUAAUAAAUGAAUUUUCGUAAGAUAUUUCAGAAACAUGUUAAUAACUUCUCAUUUGCCCUUUAAGUAAUUAGUAUCACAUCCGGGUAGCAACAGCCAGUGAUAUCUGGAUCAUAUCAGUGUAUUUCAGGAUAGAUGUAGGCCAGCAGUCACCGGUACACAAUUCAC